UUGUCCACCGCGAUUCUGUGAAUGUCGAGGAAAAGUUUUGUUUUCGUUCGAUCGGAGAAAGCUGCAAUUUUCUUGUAGCUCCCAGAUUUUAAAUAAAUCUAAUUGUUUCCUCUACUUUUAAUUAAUAUAACUGCUCAUAAUUACUGAACUAAAGUAGUGUGAAGAAGGGAGACAAGAAGGGUGAAGGGAAGGGGUGGCACGGACCAUAAAAUAGCAAAAAUUGGUGGUGAACUAGAGCUGGAAAUUAAGAUCAGUCUAUUUGGUUGAUUUUGUCAGGAUGGAUCCAGCACUGUUACGGGAACGAGAUGCAUUCAAGAAACGUGCUUUAUCAACUCCAGUAAUCGAAACCAAAAAGAAGAAAGAAGAAAGUUCUAAUGAUUCAGCCCCUAAAAAACCAAAAUGGUCCAAUAAUGGAGUGCCACCACCGCCCCCGCAUUCAAAUAAUGAUCCCCUUGGGUCGAAAACUAUGUAUAAGGGUUUAAGUAAUGUUGGACUGAGUUCAUCUUACAAAUUUGGAGUUUUAACAAAAAUUGUGAAACACUUGAAGCAAAAGUUUCAAGAUGGGGAGGAUCAUCCUUUAGCAUUGGAGGAAAUAUUGGAUGAGACUAAUCAGCUAGAUGUUUCAGGAAAAAUUAGACAGUGGUUACAAACUGAAGCCCUACCUCAUAAUCCGAAAAUUGACACAACUUUCGAGUCAAAAUAUCAAUUUAAACCACCAUUAGCUUGUCGAGAUAAAAAAUCACUGUUGAGACUGCUUAAACAACACGAUUUAAAAGGUCUUGGUGGAAUUUUAAGAGAUGAAGUUGUCGAGUCGGUGCCUCAUGCGGAGAGAGUUUUAAAAAUACUCGAUCCGGAAAUUAUUACAAUAAUUCGACAAGAUAAGAAGAAAGUGUUAUUCUACAAUGACCGACACGCAGAUUUGAAAGUAGACGAGGAAUUCCAGAAGCAUUGGAGGUCCGUGGCCGUGGAAGGAAUUGAUGAUGCCAAAAUAGAAGAAUAUUUAGACAAGCAAGGUAUAAGAUCAAUGCAGGAUGACGGAAAUAAGAAGCCAAUUAAGCCUCCAGUGAGACGAAAGGGUCAACGAAAGAAGCAGUUCAAGAAGGCCAAAGAUAACGAACAUAUUGCUGAUGAGUUAAGACACUAUGAUAACUAAUUCCUAAAUUCCACAUAUAUUUUUGUGUAUUGAUGAUGAAAUGAAUUCACAAUACAGUGUACACUACAAUCUUUUUAUUACUCAUUGUCAAAAAAUGUAUUUAAUUUCCGUCUAGACUAAAAUAAAAAUAACAAGUUCAAAGUGCA